UACUUUGACAGUUUCUUGACUCACUCGCUACAGUGAGUGUUGUUGAGUCGAUCUUUGUAUAAGUAUUCUAACCUUGGUAGUUACCAAUAUGUGAAAUUAUCCAUAUUGAUUAGUAUAUGAUUUGUAAAUUCAAAUUCUGUGAAGAAAGAGUAAGAAGAAAUGAUAAUAACUUGGUUAAUGUGACCUGGAAUUGAAAUGUUACUAAUAUUGGCACUGUUAUCUGUGUUUGGAGGAGGUAGUGCAGUCCAGCUAAUCGCUAGGUUCUCCAGUCAUGGAGUCCAUGGAUUCACUCGAUUCGCCCAAGCCAGAGGUCAGGUAGAGGUCACAACUGAACUGACCUGGACCAAGGAUGACUCUUGGCCUGAAGUCAUCCCUUGGACUAUUCACAAAUUCCCAGUUGACCACCGAUUAUUAGAAGAUAGAUGUACGGAAGCUAGGAUUGGCCCUCGUAUUCUGAGCCUGGAUGACAUAUUUGGACCUGUGUCAUUGAAUGGAACUAUUACUGCCGCCAACACAACAGAUGUGAUGAGCCUUAUCGGCCCCUCAGGUGUUUGGGGACAGUCAGUCGUGCUAGAUCUAGGAAAUGGAGAGUUAGCUUGUAGCACAUUGAUGCCAGAUGGAAGGACCAGUAUACGUAUGGCAGAGGCAAGGUUUAAUGGGCCUGUGGCUGGCUCGGUGUACUUCCAAUGGCUCGGUAGCAGUGGUGACACUGACUCAGCCAUCUUCACCGACCUCUACCACACUCACCGCAUGGCUCGACCAACACGUAAUAAGUGGAAAAUAUUCACCACUGAUGUCUUGGACUCAGAAGCAGAUAAAUUACGCCAUGACUGCAAUGCUCUGCAAGUGCUCUAUGAGACGCACGAUAGAGGGGGUUCGGGAGAUCUGGAUUCUCGACUGGGACUGGUCGACAUAGGAGCCAAACAGGCUGAUAAUAGUCCAGGCAAAAAGAGGAUACACAGAGCAGCCAACCUAACACUGCUAGAUCUGCGCAACAAACAGCGCCAUCUGUAUCUCGUGUUGUUCGACAAUCAGCACACAGAGUCCUACCUCUCCUGUGCCAGGAUCACACCUCUGGAGCCUACUAUCCUUAAGGCGGUGGUACAAGCCAGAGGACUGCGGGGGGUGGUAUCACUUCAGCAAGUGUCACCGUUCGGAGCCACACAAGUGGGAGUGCGCUGGGAUAACAAGCCAGAGGGUCUGGGAGGACUUCGGAUCCACGAAUUGCCAGCUCUGCCGGAUAUUGGACGGACUUCACAGCGCAAGUACUGCCAGGGCAUAGGUGCAGUCUAUAAUCCUUCCAACAAACCAACUGCUGCCGAUGCUCCUCUCCCUGGUGAAGUGUCACAAGACUCUUACGCUGUAGGGGACCUGUCGGGUAAGGUAGGCUAUGACAACAAGCGCCGAUGGGACGUCUUCCUACCUCUGUUUGGACGUUACUCUGUUGCCCACCGUUCUCUUGUAGUCUACAUAAACAAUGACACCAGUGGAAUUGAAGACCCUUGGAUUUGCACUACUCUGAUCCGUUUUACUCGUUAUAACACAAAGAUACCCAUGGCUACUGCUGAAGUUAUUUUCAGAUACCCACUGGCUGGUCGGAUAGUGUUCCGCCAGCCUCGUAAUGACUGGACAGCUGACACCGUUGUGAUUGUGGAGCAGCUCGUACAUGCAGAUGGUACAACUCUUUCCAGCUCCAAGGACCAUCGCUGGGGAGUCAACAUGGAGCCGCCAGGCAAGGACUUCUACGACUGGCAAAACCGCUGUGUCAGCGCUGGGCCAUCCUAUGAUGGUUUUCUGGUGUACUUUGAGAACAAAACUGCAGAGUGUCUCUCCUAUUCACCUGUAGGGUUUUGUCGUAUCGGCUCUCUGUCAGAGCGGCUGGGUAUGAUGAACAUAGCUGGUCGCAAAAACGAGAGUGAACUGCUGAGCCGUCGUCUGUGGACCGACACUCUACUUCCACUGACAGGCUCUUAUACCAUCAUUGGUCGGUCCUUCGUUAUCUACGAUGACCAUGGACCCAAGGCUAGAGGGGAGAGGCUGGCUUGUAGCAAAAUUACUAACACAUUCCGUCGCAAAGGUGUAGUGAGGGAUUGGUUUGGAAAUGGAGAAGAAACAUCAGUAAAAGGAAAGAUAGAGUUCUUCCAGGAGACUGAGUAUGAAGCUACAGACAUGGAGUUUUCUCUGGGUGGUCUGGUCGGUGCCGGAACAUAUCAUAUACACAGGAUGCCUGUGAGUGAGCAUCUGGAGUUCCCUUGUGAAGAGUCGACUCUGGGCACCGUGUUCGAUCCAUACAACGUGGGAGAGGUGACUUCCCCUCCCCCCACCCCUGGUACCCCAGAUAUGUAUGCGGUAGGAGACCUCAGUGGAAAAUACGGGAGGCUAGACCAACUCUCUCAUCUUGACACUUUCCACAAUGACUCGUCUCUCAUGUUGUUUGGUCAAAGCAGCGUGCUCGGUCGGUCUGUUGUUAUCUUCAGGAAACACACAGCUAGAUGGACAUGUGCCACGGUAGAGAGAGGCUAUGCUCCAUCAGAAGCCAGAGAACUGAGGGCUGUUGCCUCCUUCCACCACCCUAAUGGGUAUGCCUGGGGAUACAUACGCAUGACUCAACUCAUACACUUUGAUGGUAGUGCGAGUGACACCAUCAUAGAAGUGAAUCUGAAACAUCCUGGUGAACACGAUCGUAACUUUACACAAAACCACAACUGGGCGAUCUAUGUGAACCCGGUGGGAGUGGAUGCUACUGUGAAGGUGCUACACACACGAUGUACAGCUGCUGGGUACUUGUGGAACCCUUACUACACUCAACUCGCAGAUCCACUCAACCAAGACUUGUAUCGUGAGGAAUGUGGGCCGGAUCAUCCACUCCGCUGUUACGUCGGAGACCUUUCUGGACGACUUGGUACCAUUGAUAUUGGUGGCCGCAAGCGAGUCUUCUCCGACCCUAACUUCCCUCUGGAAGGCACGGUGUCAGCAAUGGGAAAGUCAAUUGUAAUCCUGGACAAAAACAGAGGUGCAGACAAAUUUGCCUGUGCCAACAUAGAGCCAGACAAAGACACAAUUAAGUAUGUCAAUGUUCGGAGAACUCCCAAGUUCAUUGUAUCCCAGUUCCUGGAGGAUGUUCGGAGAGUGAUGGGUAUUCCCGAGUGGCUACUCACUGUCGACACUCGUCGCACCAAGAUACUACAUGGAGGGUCUUGUACUCAGCUGCUUGUUCACUUCAAAGGACCAGAAGCCAACAAAUUAGAGCAGGACUUCAGCCGACUCUUAUCAACAGGCAGACUGGAAUCUCCAAGCCUCUAUAUCCCAGGAUACUUGUACCCCUCUAAUCGCAAAAGUCGCCUUUCCUACAAACUGUGUGGAGCGGACAAUGAAAAAGAAGGAGUCAAACUUCUGUAUGGGGGCAGCAGUUUUGGCAGCAGGUUCAACAGUGCCAGUAACAGUUUUGUGUCUUUCACUGUCAUAUUUGUUUCAAUAUUAUUGAGUUAUUGUGUCAGAUAGCACUGCAUCAUUAUAUAAUUAAUGCAUUUUAAUUUAAAAGUAGUAAGCAUUGAAAACCACCUAUCAUAUUUAAUGUACGAGUCCUAAUUUAAUGUUAAAUUGUACUAAACAUAAAUCACUGCAAUUAAGAGAGGGUGGUAUUGUAACAAAAAUUAUAUUUUAUUGAAUUGUAUUUAGAUCAAAAUAAGCUGUCACUUCCUCUAAAAAACAAACAAAAAACUAGUCUUUAUCACAUUUCUGUGGAUAUUGUACAUAAUAAAUUUGUAAUAUUUGUAAAAAUAUAAAUACUUGAGUGCAUUCUGAUAAUAUAAAAUUAAAUAUAAAAA